UUGAACAAGCCACUAAAGAUCCAGUAGCAGACGACAAAGCUACGACGUCUAGCUGUUUGUUUAUCGUACGCAUUCUAGCUGUAUGCGAUAACAGCUGAUAACGCUCCAUCUAAACCACGACAAACUGCAUUGCUCGGUGGAGGCGCCAGAGCAGCCAGAGAAACGAGAAGCAAUGAACUCUUUUAUCGACUAAUUCCGGUUCGACUUUGCGUUUGGCUUGAUGUCGCGCGCACGUACGUAAACAUGGCGGUUUCCCGUGUGACGGUCGAACUGUUCUACGAUGUCAUCUCUCCUUAUUCCUACCUAGCGUUCGAAACCCUGACGCGCUACAGGGCGCCGUGGAACCUGGACCUCAAGCUGAAGCCUUUCUUCCUGGGCGGCGUCAUGAAGGAGUCCAACAACAGACCUCCGUCGCUGGUGCCCAACAAGGCGUCCUACAUGACGACGGACUUGCGUCGGCUCUCGGACUUCUACGGCGUGCCCAUCAAGCCGCCCGACUUCUUCCUGGAGUUCAUCACGACCAAGUCGACGAUCAAGCCGCAGCGGUUCCUCAUCGCGCUGGACAUGAAGUACCCUCAGCACUUGGAGGAAGUGUCGCGAGGAUUUUGGAAGCGCUUCUACGAGGACAACAAGGACAUCGCCGAAGAGGACAGCGUAGCCGAGGUCGGUCGCGCCGCGGGAAUGCAGGAGGACGCGAUUAAGGACGCCCUCACCAUGAUCAAGGAGGAUCGAGUCAAGAAGGCGCUACUGGAAAACACGAAACUCGCGGUGGACGAGUACAGAGCGUUCGGAGCGCCCACGAUCGUGGCGCACGUAGCGGGCAAACCCGAGGUGUUCUUCGGCAGCGACAGGUUCGAAGUGAUGGCACACGUCAUGAGAAAGAAGUGGCUAGGUCCGAAACCGGCCGAAGCUGCCAAGCUGUGAUACGCGCGCACAGUUUCGUAGCAACAUAACUUUAUAUACCAUGUAUAUAAGCACAGUAUUAUAAACGUGGCUAGCUUGGUUGCUUGUUCCUCGUUUCUUUGCUUCUACCCGCCACGGUGGCUCCACCAUCAAGCUUGUGGUUAGCAUAUGGGCGAAACCUUUUAAAUUGAGAUGGAGGACGACCGAGGAAUAGAUUGGUCGCCUAGAGUAUAAGCAAACGCAGAAUCGCGAGUUGGUGGAUGUUCAUCGUGGGAUAUUUUACAGCGCAUCGAGUUAGAUACGGACAGAGAAGGGACACAGCGCUGUGUCCCUUCUCUGUCUGUAUUUAACCCGUUGUGCUGUAAAAUAUUCCACGAAAUAUAAGCAAAAACUGAAGAACGCCUAGAUCACGUAGAAAUAAGAAUAGUACAGUUACAUGGAAAACAGUCGAAUAUUGAGAGAAAUUUCGAAGUACGUAAUAUUGAUUGGGAAUAAAUUAACAAAGAGUUAUUGUGUCACCAAGAAACCUGAAUAUGCCUAAGCAGAUGUUCCUGUUGCUGUAGUCCAUAGAAGACGGCCAAAGGGAGAGAAAAAUUUGAGAAUUCAGGCUUAUUCCCAGGUGUCUGAAUAAAAGCACCCGUUAGUGCAAAAGUUUUUUUUUUUUUUUUAAAUAACAUUGGGCUAGAAAAGAAGCAUGUGCGCUCGGAUGACGGACAGCAUGCACACUCGGCGUGCAUACAUUCUAGGGUGAACAAGUGUUUCAUGAGCAAUAUGCGAGUUCCAAAUAUGAG